GGCACACAAGAUGCAGAGCACGCCACAGGCGCGGAGGAAGGAGUGGGAGAUGGCUCGCUUUGGGGAGGCAGUGGCUGGCAGGCUGGGCUCUGGAGAUGGGGGCUCCGACCAGAACCGGAGCCGGCAAGGAGCUCCUGCCCCUGCAGGAGGGAGCCCGGGAGCCUUCAAGCAAACCAAAGCGCAGAGAGCCCGGACUAUGGCUCUGUACAACCCCAUCCCCGUCCGGCAGAACUGCUUCACCGUCAACAGAUCGCUCUUCCUCUUUGGGGAAGAGAACAUAGUCAGGAAAUAUGCCAAGAAGCUCAUUGACUGGCCUCCCUUUGAGUACAUGAUCCUGGCGACCAUCAUUGCCAACUGCAUCGUGCUGGCCCUCGAGCAGCACCUCCCUGAGGAUGACAAGACGCCCAUGUCACGGAGAUUAGAGAAGACGGAGCCUUACUUCAUUGGGAUAUUCUGCUUUGAGGCUGGGAUUAAGAUCGUGGCUCUGGGGUUCGUUUUCCACAAGGGCUCGUACCUGCGCAACGGCUGGAACGUCAUGGACUUCAUCGUGGUCCUCAGCGGCAUCCUCGCCACUGCUGGGACACACUUCAACACCCACGUGGACCUGCGGACGCUGCGGGCCGUGCGCGUGCUCAGGCCUCUGAAGCUCGUCUCGGGCAUUCCCAGCUUGCAGAUUGUCUUGAAAUCCAUCAUGAAGGCCAUGGUGCCUCUUCUUCAGAUUGGCUUGCUGCUCUUUUUUGCUAUCCUCAUGUUUGCCAUCAUUGGCCUGGAGUUCUACAGUGGGAAGCUGCACCGAGCCUGCUACACAAACAAUUCAGGUGAACUAGAGGAGCUGGACCCUCCCCAUCCAUGUGGGGUGCAGGGUUGCCCCCCAGGCUACGAGUGCCGGGAGUGGAUCGGUCCCAACGACGGGAUCACGCAGUUCGACAACAUCCUCUUUGCUGUGUUGACCGUCUUCCAGUGCAUCACCAUGGAAGGGUGGACCACAGUCCUGUACAAUACCAAUGAUGCCUUAGGAGCCACCUGGAACUGGCUGUACUUCAUCCCCCUCAUCAUCAUUGGAUCCUUCUUUGUCCUCAACCUUGUCCUGGGAGUGCUGUCAGGGGAGUUUGCCAAAGAGCGCGAGCGAGUGGAGAACCGCCGAGCCUUCAUGAAGCUGCGGCGCCAGCAGCAGAUCGAGCGGGAGCUCAACGGAUACCGGGCAUGGAUAGACAAAGCGGAGGAAGUCAUGCUGGCUGAAGAGAACAAAAAUUCUGGGACCUCAGCCUUAGACGUGCUCAGGCGAGCCACCAUCAAAAGGAACCGGACAGAUGCCAUGAGCUCGAGUGACGAGCACUGUGUCGAUAUCUCCUCCGUGGGCGAGCGGAGGCUGGCACAGAGAAGACCUCUUCAUCCAACCUUGGGUAACCCCUUGAGUCAGUCUGGCCUCAAAGGUGCCAGAAUGGACAGUGCCUCCUACUUACGACACAAGGAGCGACUCCUGCGCAUCUCCGUUCGCCACAUGGUGAAAUCCCAGGUCUUCUACUGGAUCGUCCUGAGCCUGGUGGCUCUCAACACUGCCUGUGUGGCCAUCGUCCAUCACAACCAGCCAGCCUGGCUCACCCACUUCCUCUACUAUGCAGAGUUCCUGUUUCUUGGGCUCUUCCUGCUGGAGAUGUCCUUAAAGAUGUACGGGAUGGGGCCACGCCUUUAUUUCCAUUCUUCCUUCAACUGCUUUGACUGUGGGGUCACGGUGGGAAGCAUCUUUGAAGUGGUUUGGGCUAUAUUCAGACCAGGAACCUCUUUUGGGAUCAGUGUCCUGCGAGCCCUUCGUCUCCUGCGGAUAUUUAAAAUAACCAAGUACUGGGCAUCCCUGAGAAAUUUGGUGGUCUCCCUGAUGAGCUCCAUGAAGUCUAUUAUCAGUCUCCUCUUCCUCCUCUUCCUCUUCAUUGUGGUCUUUGCCCUGCUGGGAAUGCAGCUGUUUGGAGGCAGGUUUAACUUCAUGGAUGGGACUCCAUCAGCCAACUUUGACACUUUCCCUGCGGCCAUCAUGACAGUGUUUCAGAUCCUGACUGGUGAGGACUGGAACGAGGUGAUGUACAAUGGCAUCCGCUCCCAGGGAGGCGUUCGCUCAGGGAUGUGGUCCUCCAUCUACUUCAUCGUCCUCACCUUGUUUGGAAACUAUACUCUGCUGAACGUCUUCUUGGCCAUUGCCGUGGACAACCUGGCCAACGCCCAGGAGCUCACCAAGGAUGAGCAGGAGGAAGAGGAGGCCUUUAACCAGAAGCACGCCCUUCAGAAAGCCAAAGAAGUCAGCCCCAUGUCUGCCCCAAACAUGCCAGCUAUCGAAAGAGACAGGCGGAGGAGACACCACAUGUCGAUGUGGGAGCCACGCAGCAGCCACCUGUAUGCGGGACGGCGGCGGCGGCACCACAUGUCGGUGUGGGAGCAGCGCACCAGCCAGCUGCGCCGGCACAUGCAGAUGUCCAGCCAGGAGGGCAUCAACAAGGACGAGCCGCCCCUCAUCAACCCCCACGCCAGCAUCUUCCGCAGGAAGAAACCAGGGGAUGGCGUCACCCUGGAGAAAUGCGCCGAGGAGCAGGGCAAGGGCGAGCGGCCGCUGGCUGAGGGACCGGAGCAGCCUGUCCCGGGAGCCAACCCCGGCGGCGGUGAGGACAGGAGGAGCCCAUCGCCCCGGGCCAAGCGGGACAAGGAUAUGUGGCAGCAGAAAUCAUGCCAUGGGAACUGUGAGCUGGGCGAGCAGGACGGGGCAGGCGGCAGCGUCGAGGAUAGGGCCAGGAUGAGGCAGAGCCAGCGGCGCAGCCGGCACCGCAGAGCCCGGAUGGAGGGGAAGGAGCAAGCUGGCAUCUUGGGGAGCCGCUCGGCCAGCCAGGAGAUGGGUCUGGAGGAGGCCAGCACCAUGGAGGGGGCACAGGAUGGGGACCGGCGUGGGGACGUGGCCGCAGCCGAGGCACUGAUUCAGGGGGAGGCCAAGCGAGCGGAGAGUCCUACUUGACCAAGGAGAGGAGAAUGCCCCCCACAUGCAGCCCCCGAGCCCCACGGGGGUAAGACAGGCAACCUGACGGAGCAGGACUGCAGCAGCCCGGACACCAGCGAGCAGGCACUGCUGCAGGGCAGUCGCACCGUCAGCCGGAGCGAGCCCGACCUCUCCUCCAUCACCCCCAACACCGAGAAGGCCACAGAGAGCACCACCAUCAUGAUCGAUGUCCACGACUCCGCUGUGGUACAGAUUAGCAACAAGACAGAUGGUGAAGCCAGCCCCUUAAAGGAGGCCGAGACCAAAGAGGAUGAGGAGGAAAUGGAGAAGAAGAAGCGGAAGAAGGAAAAAAGCGAGACAGGCAAAGCGAUGGUGCCGCACAGUUCCAUGUUCAUCUUCAGCACCACCAACCCGGUGCGGAGGGCCUGCCACUACAUCGUGAACCUGCGCUACUUCGAGAUGUGCAUCCUCCUGGUGAUCGCCGCCAGCAGCAUCGCCCUGGCAGCCGAGGAUCCCGUCCUCACCAACUCCGACCGCAACAAAGUCCUGAGGUAUUUUGACUAUGUCUUCACUGGCGUCUUCACCUUUGAGAUGGUUAUCAAGAUGAUUGAUCAAGGCUUGAUCCUGCAGGACGGCUCCUACUUCCGAGACCUCUGGAACAUCCUGGAUUUCAUCGUUGUGGUGGGAGCACUGGUGGCUUUUGCCUUGGCGAAUGCUUUGGGGACCAACAAGGGCCGGGAUAUCAAGACCAUCAAGUCUCUCCGUGUGCUGCGGGUCCUGAGGCCUCUGAAAACCAUCAAGCGACUGCCCAAGCUGAAGGCCGUCUUUGACUGCGUCGUGACAUCCCUCAAGAACGUCUUCAACAUCCUCAUUGUCUACAAGCUCUUCAUGUUCAUCUUUGCUGUUAUUGCUGUCCAGCUCUUCAAGGGGAAGUUUUUCUACUGCACUGACAGCUCUAAGGACACACAGAAGGACUGCAUAGGGAACUACGUGGACCAUGAGAAGAACAAGAUGGAGGUGAAAUGCCGGGAAUGGAAACGCCAUGAGUUUCACUAUGACAAUAUCAUCUGGGCUUUGCUCACCCUGUUCACAGUCUCCACUGGCGAGGGUUGGCCCCAGGUGCUGCAGCACUCGGUGGACGUGACGGAGGAGGACCGCGGGCCCAGCCGCAGCAACCGCAUGGAGAUGUCCAUUUUUUAUGUCGUCUAUUUUGUGGUCUUCCCUUUCUUCUUCGUCAACAUUUUCGUGGCUCUCAUCAUCAUUACGUUCCAAGAGCAAGGAGACAAAAUGAUGGAGGAGUGCAGUCUGGAGAAGAACGAGAGGGCCUGCAUUGACUUUGCCAUCAGUGCCAAGCCCCUGACGCGGUACAUGCCCCAGAACCGACACACCUUCCAGUACCGCGUCUGGCACUUCGUGGUGUCCCCGUCCUUCGAGUACACCAUCAUGGCCAUGAUAGCGCUGAACACCGUGGUGCUGAUGAUGAAGUACUACUCUGCUCCAUACACCUAUGAGCUGGCCCUGAAGUACCUGAACAUCGCCUUUACCAUGGUGUUUUCCUUGGAGUGCGUCCUCAAGAUCAUCGCUUUUGGCUUCCUGAAUUAUUUCCGGGACACCUGGAACAUCUUUGAUUUCAUCACCGUCAUCGGCAGCAUUACGGAGAUCAUCCUGACGGACACCAAGCUGGUGAACACCAGCAGUUUCAACAUGAGCUUCCUGAAGCUUUUCCGGGCUGCUCGGCUGAUCAAGCUGCUCCGCCAGGGUUACACCAUCCGCAUCCUCCUCUGGACAUUUGUGCAGUCCUUCAAGGCGCUCCCCUAUGUCUGCCUCCUGAUCGCCAUGCUUUUCUUCAUCUAUGCCAUCAUUGGGAUGCAGGUUUUUGGCAAUAUCAAACUAGAUGAGGAAAGCCACAUCAACCGACACAACAACUUCCGCAGCUUCCUGGGCUCCCUCAUGCUCCUCUUCAGGAGUGCCACAGGAGAGGCAUGGCAGGAGAUCAUGCUGUCCUGCCUGGAGGGCAAAGGCUGCGAGCCAGACACGACGGCAACAUCUGGGCAGAGCGAGAAUGAGCGCUGUGGAACCGACCUGGCCUACGUUUACUUCGUCUCCUUCAUCUUCUUCUGCUCCUUCCUGAUGCUCAACCUGUUCGUGGCAGUCAUCAUGGACAAUUUUGAGUACCUGACAAGAGAUUCCUCCAUCCUGGGACCUCACCAUCUAGAUGAGUUUGUCCGGAUCUGGGCAGAGUAUGACAGAGCAGCGUGUGGCCGAAUCCAUUACACUGAGAUGUAUGAAAUGCUGACUCUUAUGUCACCACCGCUAGGCCUCGGCAAGAGAUGUCCUUCCAAAGUGGCCUAUAAGAGACUGGUGCUGAUGAACAUGCCCGUGGCCGAGGACAUGACGGUCCAUUUCACCUCCACCUUGAUGGCGCUGAUACGCACGGCCUUGGACAUCAAAAUUGCCAAAGGUGGUGCAGAUUGGCAGCAGUUGGACUCUGAGCUUCAAAAGGAGAUCCUGACCAUUUGGCCUCACCUGUCCCAGAAGAUGCUUGACCUGUUGGUACCCAUGCCAAAAACCUCUGACCUGACUGUUGGGAAAAUAUAUGCAGCCAUGAUGAUCAUGGAUUACUACAAGCAGAGCAAAGCGAAGAAGCAGCGGCAGCAGCUGGAGGAGCAGAAAAAUGCCCCCAUGUUCCAGCGCAUGGAGCCAUCCUCCUUGCCGCAGGAAAUCAUCUCCAACGCAAAGGCUCUACCAUACCUCCAGCAGGACACCCUCUCAGGCCUGAGCAGCCGAAGUGGGUUCCCCUCGCUAAGCCCGCUCUCACCACAGGAGAUCUUCCAGCUGGCCUGCAUGGAUCCAGCCCAAGAGCAGUUCCAGGAGCACGAGUCUCUGGAGCCAGAGGUUAGGGAGUUUCAAAGAGUGCAGCCCUCUAACCGUGGCAGCUACCUUCCCGUGGACACUCAGGACCACGCUGUCUCUGGGAGGGCCUCCUCCAUGCCUCGUCUCACUGUGGAUCCUCAGGUGGUGACAGACACCAGCUCGAUGCGGCGAUCGUUUUCCACCAUCCGGGACAAGCGCCCCAACAGCUCCUGGCUGGAUGAGUUCUCCAUGGAACGCAGCAGCGAGAACACCUACAAGUCCCGCCGGCGCAGCUACCACUCCUCGCUCCAGCUGUCCGCCCGGCGCCUCAACGCUGACUCGGGCCACCGGUCCGAGGGGCACCGCUCGGGCAGGGAGCGGGGCCGAUCCAAAGAGCGCAAGCACUUGCUGUCCCCCGACAUCUCCCGCUGCAACUCCGAGGAGAGGAGUCCCCAGGCACAGGACGAGUCGCCAGAGCGGCGGCGCGAGUCCCGGUCACCCAGCGAGGGCAGGUCACAGACGCCCAGCAGGCAGGGAAUGGGCUCCCUGAGCGAAAGCUCCAUCCCCUCCAUCUCGGACACCAGCACCCCCCGGCGAGGCGCCGCCAGCUUCCCGCGCGUUCCCCCCAAGCCGCGUCCCCUCCUGUCCUACGCCUCCAUGCUCCGGCACGCCGGGGACGCCUCGCCGCCCGCCGAGGAGAGCGAGGGGGGCUCCCCGCUCCUCUCCUCCACCCUGGAUCCCAACACGGCCGGCCUGACCGAGUCUUCCAGCUCCCCGGCGGGGAAGCAGAGCCGGCAGUCCACCCCGCAGCGCUACAUCUCGGAGCCCUACCUGGCCCUGCACGACGACUCGCACGCCUCAGACUGCGGUGAGGAGGAGACGCUCACCUUCGAGGCGGCCGUCGCCACCAGCCUCGCCGCUCCAAACACCAUCGGCUCGGCGGCGCCGCUGCGGCACAGCUGGCAGAUGCCCACUGGGCACUACCGGCGGCGGAGGCGAGGGGCAGGGCAGGGCGUGAUGUGCCGGGGCCAGCAUUCGACGUGGCUCAGCGAACCAACCGAGGAAGCGACAACCCCGGAGUGGGGCCGGUGA